UUUGAUUCGAUCAAUAAUGGGUUCCCUCAAGAAGCGCAACCUUACGUUUCUAGCCUAUUCCCGUUUAGUGACCUGACAACGCCACACGCGUACCCCUUGUCUGAUGCCCAGACCAUUGCUACUUGCUGCUUUUUCCGAAGCAAUACAGGCGGCCCGAGAUAACUUUUGUUAUUAUUUGAGGGACGGCAUCCGGUCUCAGACCUCUUUUGUUACUCGUUUGUCAUCCCGUCGUCGCGUCUCAUUGCAGGGUAAUAGACGAGGCUGUGUGGCUGUUACAAGUGUUGCACACAACGGCGUAAGAGCCGUGUACGGUGCAAAUUAAAUCUCCGAAAAUCCUGAUACACAGCAUGAGACCUAACUUGUGUAUUGCAGAAAGCAGGAUGCGACAAAGCCCACUGAAGAUGCUUAUUGACCUCUUUUUUCUAGCUUUUUGUGAAACCUAUUUGUUACUUUGCGAUUAUCUUUGACAGCUACAGUCAGCCCUGCCAAAUGUUACAGGUUCGUCUAAGUCGCAUGUAGAGAUUAUGGAAGUGACAUAAAAAGACGCCUUUCCCUCAAUAUCCUUGUUAUACAUACACAUUUGUGAUUCAGAAUCCCUUUUACUAUCUUUUAUCGCUAUCAGUGCAUUUCCUUUCUUUUCUUUUUCUUUUUCCAAAUAGCAAAGGCUGCUUGCUAUUCCAGAAUAUUGCAACAUGAUGCUCAAAACCUUGGUCCUCAGUCUUGCACUGCUGCAAGUCGCCUCCUCGCGUGCCUUGUCAGAUGCCGAUGAUUCGGUUGCACAAGUAGACAGCAGCAACUUGAACGCGCGAUCUCUCGGAAAGCAGCAACUUGAUCUAGGCCGCCAGAUGGACUUGCAGCUCCUGGGCAAGAUGAAGGCAUGUCCUAAGGGUUCUCUUCUAGGAAUUCAAGCCAAGAAAAUCGCAUGUGUACCAACCGCCGCAAGAAGCACAUCUGUGCCCUCUUCUAGUGUCACGAAAUCCGCCACUAAGAACUCUGCUCCAACUUCUACGGUGCAAAAGACGACUCCUGCGAAAACGAAAACGACUCCUGUCAAAACCAAAGCGGCGUCUACGAAAACCAAGACGCGUCCCGCACAGACAAAAACACCAGAGAAGAAGCCACUGCCUCCAUCGAAGAAACCCACCAACCCUCCCAAGAAGCAGACCACAGCACCGCCCAAAAAGAAGGGUAAGGGAUUCUGAGUGACUUGCCUGUUCGUCGAGUACAAACAGAUGCCGAGGAGACCGAUUUAGUGUGGAGAGUUGGAAGGAGGUGUGUACUCUGUCCCAAGGAGGAGGAAUUGUUGAGCGCUAGAUAUUGAAAAUGAAUGCUUGUUUUUCUUCAAAAUCCUUGCGACUGCGUAUUAUUUUUGCUGUGUAUUGUAUAGUAACAUUGAUUCUAUUUGUAUCCGGC